AUGGAGAUGUGCCCGAGGGAACCUUUGUCCCAAAAUGCGAUGUUAUUCUGGGCAACUACGAACCACUACAGUGUGAUGCGAAACGAAAGUGGUGCUACUGCGUGGAUACAAAGACUGGUGAAGAAGUUCCAAAAACACGUACGAAGAAGGAAGGGACCGACACGAUCAAGUGUGGAAAAACUAACUACGAAACGAUUUCCAAGAGUUCUGUCUACGACUCUGAGCUUGGCGCGAAGUCUUAUCCAGUUUCGAAAGAGACAUGUAAGAUGGACAGAAGCAAAGGUGUGGCCUGCAAAGAAAAAAAGCCCUCAGUCAGAUACUAUUUCGACUACAGCACAUCUUCUUGUCUGGCAUUCGAAUAUCUUGGCUGUGGUGGAAACGGAAACAACUACAACGACUCUUCUACAUGCAUUCAUGAUUGUCUUCUCGGGUUUUCUGGCCCAACUCCUCCUCCAUACGUCGGUCCUAAGCUCACUGACGGAUGUCCGGUGA